AUGGACGGCGACGGCAGCAUCUCACAGGAACCGCUAAUAUCGUACGGUUCAAAACGGACAAGAAAGAUAAUCGUUGUGGCGUUCGGUGUGGGCAUCGCAGCAGCAGUUAUAGCCAUUGCAAUAGCUGUACCACUUGCAUCAAACUCUGGUUCAGACGACAAGACUGAUACCGGGACUGAUACCUUGGAGCAUGCCAAGGAUAUUAUGAGAAGGGUUCCAUUGGUUGAUGGUCACAAUGAUCUACCAUUGGCUAUACGAUACGAAUGGAAAAACCAAUUAGCAAACGUUGAUUUGAAUAGCGAUCUGAGUUCAUAUGGUCUCCAUACUGAUAUUCCUAGGCUCCGAGAAGGUCUGGUGGGUGGCCAAUUUUGGUCUGUCUAUGUUCCAUGUGAUAGCCAGUACAAUGAUGCCGUUCGCCAGACAUUGGACCAGAUUGACCUUGUCAAAAGAUAUGUCAAACAAUACAGCGAUACAUUUGCAUAUGUUACAACGGCACAAGGUAUCGUGGAUGCAUUUGUUGCUGGUAAGAUUGGUAGUCUGAUAGGAAUGGAAGGAGGUCAUAGCGUUGAUAGUACUUAUUCUAAUCUUCGUAUGAUGUAUGACGUCGGUGCAAGAUAUAUGACAUUAACACACAGCUGUAAUACACCAUGGGCUGAUAACAGUGGACGUUCUGAAGACGACUUGGAGUUUGGUGGCUUAUCUGACUGGGGAAAGGACCUGAUUCGUGAAAUGAAUCGCCUUGGUAUGUUAGUGGACCUUUCACAUGUUAGUGUUAGCACUAUGAACGACGCCCUCGAUGUAUCGCAGUCACCAGUAAUAUUCAGUCACUCGGCUGCGAGAACACUGUGUGACAACACACGAAAUGUCCCGGACGAAGUCUUAGAACGGCUUGUUGAAAAUGGUGGAAUUGUUAUGAUGGUAUUCUACCCAGGAUUCAUAAACUGUGAACCAAACAAACAGGAAGUCUGUGAUAUCCCACAGGUCGCAGAUCACAUUGAACACAUUGCAAGUGUCUGUGGCUAUGGAUGCGUGGGAAUCGGGUCUGAUUACGACGGCAUUAGCGUAACGCCAGUAGGAUUAGAGGAUGUGUCCAAAUAUCCAUAUUUAAUUGAAGAAAUGGUAAUACGUAACUGGACAGACGAGAAUAUUGAGAAAUUAAUUGGAAGAAACCUUAUCAGAGUUAUGCAGGAAGUGGAAAGGGUACGAGACACCAUGUCAGACACUUUCCCCUAUGAGGAAUGGAUUGAGCGAAACGACAGCAAGGCAGAGUUUAACAAUGAGUGUCGCACACAUGAAGAAGAUGGAUGGGCGUCUUAUCCGAGCUCACAGAAAGCAUCUGAACAUUUGGCCACAACACAGUGCGAUUAGAAAUUAUUAUUGG